AUGCUUUUCAGUAAAUUACUUGUAUCUGCCAUUUCUCUCGUUCCUUUGGCUUCAGCUGUUCCAGUAGGAAAUGUCCAAGGCCACCGUCACCACAAUCAGACCGCUAUUAAAAGAGAUGGUGGUGGAUUCCAAGACGGUGUCUACGACUGCUCCCAUUUCCCUGAGGACCAAGAUGGUGUUGUUAAGCUUGACUACUUAGGCUUCGGCGGAUGGACCGGCGUUCAAAAGAACGACGGUACAUUUGGUACUGCUUCCACUUGCCAAGAGAACACUUAUUGCUCUUACGCUUGCAAGCCUGGUAUGUCCAAGACCCAAUGGCCUUCUAGCCAACCUUCAAACGGUGAAUCUGUCGGUGGUUUGAUUUGUAAGAAUGGCAAACUUCACAAGACCCAACAGAACUCCAACAACCUUUGCGAAGGUGGUAGUGGCAAUGCCUAUGUCAAGAAUACCUUGGGCUCUAACGUUGCCAUUUGCCGUACUGACUACCCCGGUACUGAAAACAUGAACGUUCCUACCGACAUUGGCGCUGGUUCUCAGCAACCCCUUUCUGUUGUCGACGAAGACAACUACUACAACUGGGGCAACAAGAAGACUUCUGCUCAAUACUACGUUAACAAGUCUGGUAGAUCUGCCCAAGACGUCUGUGUCUGGGGCAACGAAGGAGAUGACUUUGGAAACUGGGCUCCUUUGAACUUCGGUUCUGGCUUAACCGAUGGCAAGAUCUGGUUAUCCAUGUCCAAGAACCCCUUGAACUCCCAGUCUAAUGUUGACUACAAGAUCUCCAUCAAGGCUGAUGGUGGUACUCUUAGCAACGACUGCAAAUACGAAAAUGGUUCUUUCCAUGGAAGUGGUGCUACUUCUGAUGGUUGUACUGUUUCCGUCACUGGCGGUGGUGCUUACUUUGAAUUGUCAAACUAA